AUGAUUGAGAAAUUGAAGAAAGGCUUCAACGUUAAGUAUUGCAAGCGCGAGGCUGGCAAUACUCUCGUAACAGUAGGUCCUGACUCCCGAUUUCCGGAAGGGAUCGAAGGUUCGGGUCGUUUAAUCAGGACAGUGCCCAGUGUGGUUGUUUGGUACCAUUUUCUUAAGAAUUACCCCGGUAUGUCACGAAAGCAACGUUUGGAGAGUCUCUCAAUGCUUAGUCGCUGGUACCCGGCGCAGGUUGCCCAUUACUUAUUUAGAGAAGUACGCGACCGUUUUUUGGAUCGUGACUUGUGCCUACGACGGGAAGGCGGCCUGUUUAAUGCGCACGUUCCCACCAGUUCCCUAUAUAUCUUACAGAUCGAUGAAAGGAUAGCACUAUGGUUUUAUGAAAAUCCUCAGACUAAGGGAGAGCUUAUCAAGGAGGUGAAACCUUUCGUGGAGAUGUUCCAAGACAAUCUGAGGGGUCAUGUGCGCGACUGUCGUGUGCGCGACUCGGCCUGGAUGGAAGAGUUACUUGUGCGUACUCUGAUGGACAAACUCGUUUCUCUGCAUGCUGCCCGCACUGGGCAAGACCGACAGAUCGUCGCCCAGACCCUGCGUGGACGCGAACCUUUCGUGUUUUCAGUCUCCCAACAAGAACUGUGUGAGACCUACUCGGAAAUCCUGACCACUGUAGCAACGCGAGUGGCCGUUGAACAAACCCAUGACUACGCCUGCAGGGCAGCCUGCGUCGCAAUGAGUUCCGUCUUCUACCUGCACGACCUGACACACCUUGUAGAUAUGGGUCACACAUUAUGA